UUAGCUAGCUCCCUUCCUUCUGCUUCCCUUCCCUUCUCUGUCUCCUUCGCUUUCACCAGACGCUACAUGUAUGUACCAUGUUGAAAUCUGUGGAGGAAAGCCUUACGAAGAAGAAGAACAAGAAGAAGAACCAAUCAGCCAGUGAUGAGUCAGCGAAUGGUGUUGAGUGGACAAAGUGCAACGUGUGCUUAGAGCUCAGCAACCCCCAAUACUGCAACUGUGGCGUCCACGCCAUUAUUGAGGAUGCCAACGCGGCUGAUGCUGAACCCAAUUGUUCUUUUGCUCAUGCUGUCAUCAACAUGGUCGGGAUGCUCACAGGUUUGGGGCAAUUAUCAGCGUCAUAUGCUGUAGAAGAGGGAGGGUGGGCAUGCGCAGUGAUAUUCCUGAUAGGGCUUGCGAUAACCUGUGCUUAUAGCUGUCUCCUUCUUGGGAAAUGCAUGGACAAGAACCCUAAGCUAAGAAGCUACGCAGACAUAGGCGAAGAAGCCUUCGGAAGAAAAGGAAGAAUGGUGGCAUCAACCCUCAUCUACACAGAGAUCUUCAUGGCCCUUGUCUCCUACACUAUCUCACUACACGACAACUUGUUCACUGUCUUCAUGGGAUCCCAUUAUCUCAAGCAUUUGCGGCUGCCUAAGUUACUGUCACCUUCUCAGCUCCUCACUGUUCUUGCUGUGCUCAUUGCGAUGCCUAGCUUGUGGCUCAGAGAUCUCUCCUCUAUUUCUUUCCUGUCCUCUGCUGGUGUUCUCAUGUCUCUGAUUAUUUUCUCGUCUGUCGUUGCCACUCCCAUUUUCGGGGGCGUUAAGGUUAACCACCGCAUCCCUGUUCUUCAGAUCCAUAAUGUCCCUUCUGCUUCUGGCCUCUUCAUCUACAGCUUUGGCGGACACGUCGUGUUCCCUGAUCUCUAUAAAUCCAUGAAGGACCCCUCCAAGUUCACCAAGGUUAUAAUAGUGAGCUUCUCGAUAGCUACACUACUGUUUACAACGCUGGGAUUCAUGGGUGCGAAGAUGUUUGGGCCACAAGUAAAGUCACAGAUAACUCUGAGCAUGCCAGAGAAUUUCAUAGGGACAAAGAUUGCGGUGUGGGCGACCGUGAUAACACCAAUGACCAAAUAUGCUCUCGAGUUCGCCCCACUCGCUAUUCAGUUACAGCACAGGCUUCCCAGUUCAAUGAGGAACAGAAGCAGGAUGAUGAUAAGAAGCACGGUGGGGUCAGUGCUGCUGUUGGUCAUUCUAGCACUGGCUCUUUCUGUGCCUUACUUUGAGGAUGUUCUUUGUCUCACUGGCUCACUUUUGACUGUCUUCAUAAGCUUGAUCUUUCCAUGUGCUUUCUACACUAAGAUCUGUUGGGGACAAAUGUCAAACACUGUCUUAGCCUUCAACUCGUGUCUCAUCGCUCUGGGCCUUGUCCUUGGAGUUAUGGGCACCAUUUCUUCUUCCUCCUCACUCCUCAGCAAUCUUCAGCCUCAUCACUGAUGAUCAUCAUCAGCUUAAU